UUUAUUGUUUCAAAUUAUUACAAAUCUUAUUUCAAAUUUCGUUCGUUUUCUUAAUCAUAUUUAAAUGAAUUCAGGGAACAACGAUUUAAAAACACUAGAGAGAAAAUUCUUGAGGCCCAAUUAACAUUCCACACGACUGUCGAAUAAAAAAAUCAUUGUUGAAGACACAUUUAGCUGCAACAACCAAUAGCAAUAUUGAACUACAUGCACUAUACAAUUCUUCCAUUCAAAUCACAUGCAAUGAAACAAGUAGUUUUUCACCUGAAAAUCUUGUAUUUAUAACCUUGAAACAUCUGUCAAACAACAUGGAUACAAGAUGAAUUAUAGACAGAAAAUCUUACAAAUUAUGGAAAAAUGUAUUUAACGAAAUAAAAUGCAAAUGUAAAUAAGCAUUAUAUUUUAGUCACUAUUAUAAAUCAAUGUGAUUAAUAUUUAGAUAGAAACAAGAACAUGUGUAAUUUAAUAGAUGCCCAUUGGUUUCCUUUAACAUCGCAAGGAAACAUUUAUUCAAUGACGAAAUUAUGUUCCACCAAUGGCUCCAACAAAGUAUUAGUGGCUUCUUUAAAAAGAAAAAUAUAUUCUUGUGAAUAUCAUUCAAUGCCAAAUUUAUAUUUAAGACCGUUGGUUAAGGAAUUACUAUUUACAUACAUUCCAAGUGGAGCAGAAAUCAUGUCAAUUGAUGCUUAUAAUAAAUCCGAUACAGGUGAUGGGUUUGUGAUAGGAAUAACAAUAAUUAAAGUAAGCACGGAUACAUCUGUAGAGAGAUAUUUGAAUAUAUAUACAGAAGGUGUUACGGAUGGAGAGGGUAACGAAUGUAGUUCUAUCGAAGCCAUAGCACAAAAUUGUUUAAUGGUAGAAUUGGCGUAUACGCCUUAUCAUUUAUAUCACACUAUAUUGCCGCAACAAAAUUCACAUAACGAGGUUGUUUGGUUAUUGUCUGGAAGUGAUUACAAGAUUCAUAUGAUCAGGGAAGAUAAAUUAAAUCAUGGUUACAGCGAAUCGUCGAUUGAGAAAUAUUUUCCUGAACUGCAUGAUAUUCAGGCAAUUUCAUUAUGGAUUAAUAUUUACUACUAUGAUGAAUAUAACUGGAGACUGACUGUAAUUGGUUGUGAAUGUGGUUUGGUGAAAGUUGCUAUCGUUAAUGUUUUAGAACUGAAAGUCCGUCGAAGUUGGAAAUUAAGAUAUGACACUCCCAUCUCCAGUGUAUAUGUAUUUCCACAAAAAAAUAAUAUUACAAAACCCAACUUCAUCGAUUCGAAUGGUGAAAAACAAUCUACAAGUGAUAAAGAAACGAAACUAAAUGUUCUUAUUGUAAAUACUUGUAAUGCAGUUGUCUUUAUGGACAUCCUGAAUAAUGGGAUGGACGAGGAUAUAACGUUAAACGGUAGUGAAACAUCUGAUUGUAUUUUAUGUUCUUGUAUCGCUGACAUCAAUAUGGAUGGUCAGAAUGAAAUAUUGUUGGGAACAUACGGUCAAGAAAUACUAAUAUUUUGUUUCAUAAAUGACACAUGGGAAUUAAUUGUUAAAAAGUUAUUUGAUGCACCUGUACAUUCUAUAUGUUACAUGGAUAUAACGAACGAUGGAAUGAAAGAACUUAUUGUACUUACACAACGUGGAGUACAUAUAUUACAGCAUAAUGUUGCGGACGUGAAAGAUAAAUGGAAAAAACGAUAUCAGAGAAUACUAGGAAGAAAUGAAUUAUAAGUUGAAUAUACAAUUUUUUAACUGUUACAUAAAAAGAGUUCAAACCAAUUUUAGUCUUUAAAAAGUGUUACGAUUAAAUUUCUGACUGAAGAUCAAAGAUUAAUAUAAAUCUAUAUGUAUGUAUGGAUACAUAUGCAUAUAUGUAUAUAUGUUUAAUGCGUAAUAUCAAAAUACGGGAGAAUCAAAGUUUUUAUCCUUAUAUUAACACAUGUACGUGUGAGAGACUAAUAAAUUAGCAUUAUAAAGUGA